AUGGACGUCACCGGGCUGAAGAGCUACAAAGAGCUGGUGAGCCUGAGCGAGGAGGAAAAGAAAGUGAACCUGAAGCAGUACCUCAAGGAUAAAGAGAGGUCCGAACUGCUGAUCAAAAGGUUUAAGAACUUCUACAUAGACCUGUCUCGCCAAAGGUAUGGAGCGAAGACGCUGAGCAAGUUAAUCGAAUACGCGGAGGAAGUCAAACUGAAGGAAAAAAUCGAAAAGACAUUUAAAGGGGAAAAAAUGAACAUGACGGAAAAUAGGAGCGUCCUUCACACUGCCUUGCGAAUGCCAAUCGAAAAAAUAAAUACACACAAAAUUGUACUGGACGGAAAAAACAUCCUCGAAAAUGUACAUGACGUGUUAAAAAAAAUUGAAGCAUAUUCAGAUAGCAUUCGAAACGGAACGAUAAAGACUUGCAAAAACACCAAGUUUAAAAACUUAAUAUGUAUAGGCAUAGGGGGAUCGUACCUUGGCACGGAAUUUGUUUAUGAGGCGAUGAAGUACUACUAUUACAACAGCAUGGUGGAGAAGAAGAAGAAAGAAAAAAAGGCCAACGAGGGGGGAUGCAAAAAUGGCGCGGAAAGUAACUUCGAUAUGGAUUAUGACCAGGACGAAAUAAUUAACGUACGAUUUUUGGCCAACGUAGACCCAAACGAUAUCAACAGGGCUGUCCACAACAUCGAACAGACGGACACACUCGUUGUGAUCAUUUCCAAAACGUUUACCACAGCGGAGACGAUGCUCAAUGCGAGGUCUAUCAAACAUUGGCUAAGCUUAAAAAUAAACGAUGACGAACAAUUGAGCAAGCAUAUGGUUGCAGUUAGUACCAACUUAAAACUCACAGACGAAUUCGGCAUAAUGCGAGAAAACGUAUUUGAAUUUUGGGACUGGGUAGGAGGAAGAUUCUCUGUAACCAGUGCAGUGGGUAUUCUACCUCUCUCCAUUGCAUUUGGCUAUCAAAAUAUGAGGCAGUUCCUCAAUGGCUGUCACGACAUGGAUGAGCAUUUUUUAAAAACAAACUUCGAAGAGAACAUCCCUGUCCUGUUAGCUCUAACCAGUUUUUACAACAACCAAUUUUGGGAUUGUAAAAAUGUAGCCAUUUUGCCAUACUUUCAAAAUCUGCUAAAAUUUGCUGCUCAUAUUCAGCAGCUAUCCAUGGAGAGCAACGGGAAAACGGUGGACCGAAGUAAUAAGCUUGUUACUUAUAACACAUGUCCCGUGUUUUUUGGAGAACCAGGGACCAAUGGACAACACAGCUUCUAUCAGUUAAUUCACCAAGGACAGAUAAUUCCAGUAGAAUUGAUCGGCUUCAAACAUUCCCACUUCCCUCUUCAUUUCCCGAGUGAAAAGGUUAGUAACCAUGAUGAACUUAUGACGAACUUUUUUGCGCAGGCUGAUGCCUUGGCGUUAGGGAAGAGCUUAGAAGAGGUAGCUAAAGAAAACGAAACGAACAAAACAAAAAUGGCUCCAGAAUUGCUAACCCAUAAAAUCUUCCAAGGCAAUCGACCUUCCACUCUGCUACUUUUUGAUGAAUUAAACUUCUACACGUGCGGCCUGCUGCUCUCUCUAUACGAAUCCCGAGUCGUCGCCGAGGGAUACCUGCUCAAUGUUAAUAGCUUCGACCAGUGGGGCGUCGAGCUGGGCAAGGUCCUGGCCAAGGAGGUGCGCGAUUACUUCCACGAGGUGCGCUCCAAGAAGGAGGCCGCCGCCACUGCCCACGGCUUCAACGAGUCCACCAAGAUACUGCUGGGUUACUACCUCAGCUAG